UGCAUAGCAAUCUACCAAAUUCCAAGGGAUGCCCACAUGACCACAUUUUCUCUUCUUGAAUGCCUAUUUGUUUAUAUAAAUGAUCUUUCUUGGUACUUAUUGUUCAUCACAAAGUUCAGCUUUUCUCACAACAUAGAAACACUAACAACCAUGGCUACUACUUCUUGCCAUAUUAGGUCAAUCAGUUUACCCAGUAGACCACACAAUCAAAGAGUGGAAGAGAUUCUCAACAAGCUCAAGAUGCUGGAAAUAUCUACUGCAUCAACAGCAGAGACUAUCUACAGUUGUCUACUUGUUUUGGAAGACCUAUACAAAUGUGUUGAUGAUCUUCUUAACUUGCCUCACCUCUCCCAACAUGAAAAAUGGUUUGAAGAUUUAUCAGAACAAUCCAUGAGAACUCUUGAUGUUUGCGGCACGAUAAGGGAAUUAGUGUCAAAAUGUAAGGAAAAUGUAAGAGAUGUAGAAUCAUCUAUUAGAAGGAGAAAGCAAGAUUCAAACACAGAAGCCAGCAUGGUCAGAUUUGCCUCCUUCAGCAAAAAGAUGAAGAAGGACGCUAAAAGAUUAGUCUUGUCCUUAAAGCAAAUGAAUGAGGAGACUGAAGUAUCAGUGUUCCUAGAUGCAGAUCCGGAAACAGCAUUUGUGAUUAGAGCAAAGAGAGAAGCCAGUACAUCAUGCAUUCCGAUUUUCCAAAUGCUCUUGUCUUUCUUGUGUGUACCACUCUUGAAGCCUAAGUCAUCUAAAUGGUCAUUGGUUUCAAGAUUGGUGUAUAAGGGAAGAGUAUCAUGUGAAGUCCAAGAACCAAACAUGAACGUGGAAACCAGGCUGGAAAUUUUUGAGUCUCAACUUGAUAGCAUUGAGAAUGGAUUGGAAAGAUUAUAUAGAUGCCUGAUUAGAUCAAGGAGCUCUCUCCUAAAAACAGUUUCCUUCUAAACUGUAUAGUUGACCAAAUUUUGUAUACACAAUUUUGUAGUUAUUUUA